UUGGCUGAGGACAAGCCCAGACUUUCGUCACAGGGACAGACCCAAGUGUUAACACAAAGGGAAGACAGGAGCAUCCUGCCCAGCGCAUUUCGGCCACAGAUAAUAUGGCCUGUGCUCUGGCCCAGCCCAUGCUCUGACCUCCAGGCCAGGUCCUCUACCUCAGCCACUCUGCCCUGACCAGCUGCAGACAUGCUUAGCGGAUCCGGGUCCCAGGGAAGGCGCUGCCUGGCCACACUCUCCCAAAUCGCCUACCAGAGGAAUGAUGAUGACGAGGAAGAGGCCGCCAGGGAACGGCGCCGCCGAGCCCGGCAGGAAAGGCUGCGUCAGAAGCAGGAGGAAGAGUCCUUGGGACAGGUGACAGACCAGGUGGAUGCCCAUGCCCAGAACAGUGUCCCUGAUGAAGAGUCUAAGCCCACCACCACGAACACUCAGGUAGAAGGUGAUGAGGAAGCUGCCUUACUGGAGCGCCUGGCUAGGCGAGAAGAGAGACGUCAAAAACGCCUCCAAGAAGCCCUCGAGCGUCAGAAGGAGUUUGAUCCAACUAUCACAGAUGCCAGUCUGUCCAUCCCAAGCAGAAGAAUGCAAAAUGACACGGCACAAAAUGAAACAGCAGAGAAGGAAGAAAAAAGAGAGAGUCGCCCAGGACGAUAUGAGGUGGAGGAAACAGAAAUAGUCACCAAGUCCUACCGGAAGAACAGCUUUCAGGAUGCUGAAGACAAAAAGAAAGAAGAACAGGAGGAGGAGGAGGAAGAGCAGCUGAAGGGAGGGAGCCUUGGCGAAAAUCAGGUAGAGGAGACGGUAGAAGAGAAAACACCAGAACCCCAAGAGGAAGCCGUGGUAAUGGUAUUGGAAAAUGGGCAAGUCGGUGCAGAAGAGGCCAAAGUAGAGGGGGAGGGGGAACAAGACGCAGAGGAGAUAGCCCGUCGGCAGAGGAUGGAGGAGGAAGAAAGAGAGAGAGCCGAGGCAGAGAGGCUGAGGUUGGAAGCAGAAGAAAGAGAAAGAGUCCAGGCUGAGCACGACAGGAAGCUAGCAGAGGAGAGGGCAAGAGUUGAAGCUGAGCAAAAGGCAGCUGCGGAAGAGAGGGAGAGGAGGGAGGCAGAGGAGCGGGCGAGGGCUGAGGAGGAGCAGAGAAGAGCGGCGGAGGAGCAGCAGAGGGCCCGGGCAGCGGCGGAGGAGAAGGCUAGGGUAGAGGAGCAAAGGCGAAAAAAGCAGCUAGAGGAGCAAGAAACCAAGGACAAGGCGGGGAAGGGAGUGGAGAAAACAGAAAGGAAAGGAGAGAACGAGAGGAAAGCCCAAGAAGACAGACUCCAGCCAGCUGUCCAAAAGAAGCAGGAGGAAGAAAGGGGAGCUAAAGGACAAGCUCAAAGACAAAAGUCCCAAGACGACAAGCCUGCCUUCAAAAAGGAAGAGAUCAAAGAUGAGAAGAUUAAAAAGGACCAAGAGCCCAAAGAAGAAGUCAAGAGCUUCUUGGACCGAAAGAAAGGAUUUACAGAAGUGAAGGCGCAGAAUGGAGAAUUCAUGACUCACAAACUUAAACAAACCGAGAAUGCUUUCAGCCCCAGCCGCCCAGGAGGCCGGGCCAGUGGGGACAAGGAAGCUGAAGGUGCCCCACAAGUGGAAGCUGGCAAGAGGCUGGAGGAGCUGCGCAGGCGCCGUGGGGAGACUGAGAGUGAAGAGUUUGAAAAACUCAAACAAAAGCAACAGGAGGCAGCCUUGGAGCUGGAAGAGCUGAAGAAAAAGAGGGAAGAGAGAAGGAAGGUCCUGGAGGAAGAGGAGCAGAAAAGGAAGCAAGAGGAAGCUGAUCGCAAAGCUAGAGAGGAGGAAGAGAAGAGAAGGCUAAAGGAAGAGAUUGAAAAGAGAAGGGCAGAAGCUGCUGAGAAACGCCAGAAGAUGCCGGAAGAUGGCUUGUCCGAGGACAAGAAGCCAUUCAAGUGUUUCACUCCUAAAGGCUCAUCUCUCAAGAUAGAGGAACGAGCAGAAUUUUUGAAUAAGUCUGUGCAGAAAAGUGGUGUCAAAUCUACUCACCAAGCAGCAGUAGUCUCCAAGAUUGACAGCAGGCUGGAGCAGUACACCAAUGCAAUUGAGGGAACAAAAGCUUCAAAACCUACUAAGCCUGCAGCAUCGGAUCUUCCUGUUCCUGCUGAAGGUGUCCGCAAUAUCAAGAGCAUGUGGGAGAGAGGGAACGUGUUUUCCUCUCCCUCAGCCUCGGGAACACCAAAUAAGGAAACCGCUGGCCUGAAGGUGGGAGUUUCCAGCCGGAUCAAUGAAUGGCUAACUAAAUCACCAGAUGGCAACAAGUCCCCUGCUCCAAAGCCUUCUGACUUAAGGCCAGGGGACGUAUCUGGCAAGCGAAACCUCUGGGAAAAGCAAUCUGUGGACAAGGUCACUUCCCCCACUAAGCAGGUUUGAAGCCAUCGGAGAAAGAACCCAACUGCAAGACGUCUUGCUGGGCCAGCUCAGUUGUAGGGGGCUAAUUGCUCUGUUUAUAUUUAUGUUGAUUUACUAAAUUGGGUUCAUUUUCCUUUUCUUUUUUAAUUUUUCCAAUAUCCCAGUAAACCCAUGUAUAUGCUCACUAUAUUUAAUAAUCACAACUAGAGAUGUUCAUGGUCAAAGUACUGCUUUUGCAGAGGAGCCUGUUUCUAAAGAAACUCAUGCUGUGAAAUAGACUCACUACUGUCUACUGUCAUCUGUACAGUGACACCAACCACAUUGGAAGUCAACAAAAGGAAUUCGAGGUUAAGAUUAUCUGAGGAAUGUAUGCAGGAUCUGGGGGGAGGGGGGCGGGGAAUGAACCGUAGGUUUGGUUUUGUUUCAAUAAAGACAUCAUGUUUCUGCACUUUAGACUAAAGCAUGGAAGAAAUUAUCGAAGAAGGCAAUCGAGAAUAUCUGAAAGUAACCCAUUUCAGAUCUGAUAUGGGGCAAUAAUGAUUAUCUUUUUAAAAAACGAAGAUGGACUGUUGAGAUAUUGCUUUUUUUAUGUGCUGAUUCAUAGACUUAAUUGGAUGGUUAUUUUAGCUGACAGUGGUACUGAUUUUUUUUUCAGGUUGAUUGCUUUGUGGAUUUUUUUGGUAGUGAUAGUAGCCUGAACCACAUUUAGAUAACACAACUAUGUAAUGUAUGUGCAUACAUGUAUACAGACACACUAAUGGUAGACUGCUCUUAAAUGUGCUUGUCUAUUAUAUUUAGUAGUAUGUCCUUGUAAGUAACCAAUAUCACAGCUUUUGGAGGUUAAAAAUCACAAUAUUAUAUUAAUAUCUGCCAGUAGAAACAUGGAAGUUAAGUAUAGCUAUGUUUUCAAUGCCCAAUGACGUCUAAGAAAAAAGUAUUUGAAAAAAGAGAUUAGAAGUGUCAAAAUCAGUUGAAAUUUCUUAUAAGACAUAGUAUUUAGUUUAUAAUUGAGGGCAGUCUUGAAGUCCAGUGUGAAUUUUAUUAAGUCUACCAUCUGGACCACGCUCAAAGCCUACUUAUUUGUAACAGUGAAGUUCCCCCAAAAAUGACCUAUAUGAUAUCUAAGGUUUCUUCUUUCUCUCCUUAAAGCCAGGCAUUCUGGUGACAGUAUUGCACAAAUUAGAAUUCGUGUAAAUGCCUAAACAAAGACCAACUUUACCUUGUGUAGAAGCAGACAGGUAAAGUGAGCAAAGGCAGGACUUCUAUCUUUAUGUACUCAGACUUUUUAAAUUAAAAUUUUCUGUCUUUAUUAGUCAGUUGGUACUGUCCUAAGUUGAUAAUAGCUUUCAAUUUCAAAACUAUAUGUAAAUUUUAAUAGUGUUACUCUCCCCCUCAGGGGUCUUUAGGAACUCUACCAUUACAACACGUCUUCAUUCUUCCUAGUAGAUAAUGAAAAGUACUCCAGCAUCUUACAAAAUGUUCUUAUAUAGGCCAUUCUCUGCAUACAGUGUCAUUGUACAAACUCAUACCUCAGCUGACUUAACCCAAAUUAUCUUAGUCGCCAUUCCUUCUGCAUUGGGAGAGCCUCCAAAAUAACCAUUUCUAAUCCACACAUUUCCCUUCAAGAGGGAAGGGCUGGCUUGAGGGGUAACUGCUGCCUUGAAAAGUGUAUUUUUCUCAUGAAUUAGUAAGAGUUAGUUGGAUUCCUUAGCUUUUAGCAAACUUGGGCCAAAGGAAGGAAAGCCACUAAGACUACACAAAUCAUCUACCCAUGACAGAGUAGACAUAAGUCUAUGAUAAGAUAAACUAGAAUGCACAUGGUGCACCAUGGAAAUGACUUCCAUCAUUGGAGUAAAAUGGAUCAAAGUUCAAUUUAAGGCUGAUGGUGAGGGAACAUGUGUUAAAGCUUUGAACAAAGGUCUUCUGACAGCUAUUAUCUAGAUUUUAUUGAGUUUUUGUUGCUUUUAAGCAAGUUCAAAGUUGUAAAAUAAUAUCUUGAUCCUAAAUUUUAUUCCAAUAUUUGGAUGACAUGAGUUUUAGGGUAGAAUUUUGUUCUGUUUGGAUUUCAUCUUUGGGAAAGCAAAUUCCUCAUUUACUUAUUCAAUUACAGCUCUCUGUUAUCUUUAAGAGAGGAAUCUGCCAUUGUUAAAAACAUUAUAAACCCUUGGUAUUUUUCACUGAUGACUGAUCGCUGCAAUAAAAAUGUAUUGUGAAAAUGCAUCCACAAUAAAUGGAAUUCUUCCAAAUA